GAAAACGUACGUCAAACGUAAAUAAAAAUAAAUCUUCAUUAAUCGUCUCCUUGUAUUAGUAGUUUCUUCAAAUUAUUUAUAAAUUAUAAACUCAGAUCCUCAUAAUGUCUAUUGGUGUACCUAUUAAAGUUCUACAUGAAGCCGAAGGUCAUAUUGUAACCUGUGAAACUAUUACCGGCGAAGUUUACAGAGGAAAACUUAUAGAAGCUGAAGAUAAUAUGAAUUGCCAAAUGACUCAAAUUACUGUAACUUACAGAGACGGAAGAGUAGCACAAUUAGAGAAUGUUUACAUUAGAGGAUCUAAAAUUAGGUUUCUAAUAUUACCAGAUAUGUUGAAGAAUGCUCCUAUGUUCAAAAAGCAAACUAAAGCUGGGACUGCAGGUAGAGGGAAAUCAGCAAUUCUUCGAGCUCAAGCUCGGGGGAGAGGAAGGGGUCAGCCUCCUGUGCGGGGUGGCAGAGGUGCUUGGCAAAAUCAGCAGGGCGCUCCACAAGGCAGAGGAAGAUAAUUAUUGAUUUUAGAUUUCCUGUCUCAAUGUAAAUAUUAUUUUGUGAACUGUAUUGGGCAUAUUUUUGUUGCCAAUGUGUUUAAUAGUUUAGGAAGAAUGUCGAAAAGAACAGAUAAUGUUAAUUUAAGAUAUUUUGUAUUUAUGUAAUAAACAUAAAAAUAUAUUUUUUUAUUAAUUUAUUUAUAAUUUAAAUCCUGUAUGAAUGGCUACCAUACCAAGAGUU